AUGAAACUCCUUGUAGUUCUGUGCCUCUUAUCAGUCGUCGUCACGGCGGCUAUAGUCGGAAAGAAAGCAGUCGGCGCCAAGGGAACACUUCUCUGCGGAAAGGAUCCAGCACAGAAUGUCAGAGUCAGAUUGUUCCGUGUGAAGCCAGGAAAGAAAGAUGACAUCGCCCAAAUGCUCGACGAGAAAUACACCGGACCACAAGGAAUGUUCCAUGUCGAGGGAAAUACCAACGGCUUCCCACUGAACGAGACCGAUCUUCAACCAGUCAUCUCCUUCUACCAUCAUUGUGAUGACGACCCGAAAAAGUUGGAGAAGACCGCCUUCCGCCGCUUCAACUACAACUUGCCAAAUAGCUCUGUUAAUACUGGAGAGAAGGCUAAGAAGACCUAUGACAUGGGAACUUUGAAUAUCCAAUUGGAGUUCCCAAAUGAGAAAAGAGAGAAGACUAUUGUUGAUAAAGCUGCCUAA